ACUUAGCCGGCUGAGCCACCCAGGCGCCCCCCCCCCCCCACCGACUGCUGUUCUGAGAGCAGGUGGCACCGGGGUGGGGGGUAGCCGUUGAAGGCAUUCCUUCCUGCCGCUCGCAUCUCCACGAGUGGCAGCUUGAUCUCUGGGCAGUGGAGAGUGCCUUUGUUCACUAAGCCUUGACAUUUGUCAGGUGCCUCCCUCCCUGCAGACAGCUUUCCUCUGCCUCCGAGGAGAUGGGCAGGGGGCUCAGCCAACAGCCAGACGUCUGGCUUCCUGCAGUCUGUUUCCCACCACCCAUGGUUGUGGCCAUUUUUCCAGCCUCAACACCUGUCUUCCCGUAACAACCCGAGCAGGCCGAGGCCUCUGUGCCACCCCCGCGUGAGAGGCAGGCGAGGAGAAGCGGGGCCCCUCCAGGCCUGUGGGGUGUCCGCUCCAGGAAGGACGAGGCAGGAGACCACAGGGGAAAAGGCGCCCUCCAGCAGUCCUUGCCCCUCCAGCCUCUCCCAUGUGCCCGCCGGGGCGGAGAAGGCCUCACCUGGAGAGAGAACCAUGUUCUGCAUCCCAUGCCGGAGAGCGCUGCCGAAGUACUGGGGUGACAGGGCCUGAGCUGGGCUGGACGCCUCCGUGAGUAACGCGGUCUUUGCGAUGUCUGGGUUACAGAAGAAACACUCUGGUGAGCUGACGUGGAAGUCCUCGUCUUGGUGACCCCCUCCCCAACAUACCUAGAGGCUCCACCUUGGGACCCUAUGACCUCGCAAAGCCAAAGAGAAACCAUGCCCUCUUUUGUACCCAGAUAGGCAGAACUGUUCUGGGUGGCAUCCCGGGGAAUUCCAAAUGGGGCAUUUUUGUUGAUCUGGGGAAGAUUCUCUCCAAAGGAGAAUUUGAGAUGCAGACCGAUGGGCAGCUUUCUGCCUGGCCCGCCUUUCUCCUGACCUUCCUGCAGCUCGCUCUGUGUGCGUGUGUGUGUGCGUGUGUGUGCGCGCGCGCGCGUGCGCGUCUGUCUGCCUGCCUGCCUGCCUGCCUGCUUGUGUGUCUAUCUGUCUUCAUUCUGCAUUCCAGCCCCUGGGCUCGCUCCAGGAUCCAAGGGAGGGAGUCUAGUCAUGGACCCCAUAUCCCGCAUAGGUUACAUGGUCCCUUUGAUGAUGAGAAGCCAGUGUCUCUGAAUGAAACCUCUCUCACCCAUAGGCAGGGAGCGCUUGGGUGGCCCCUGGAUGGCAGCUAGCGCUUGAUAAUAAGCCAGCCUGCUUCAAAUCCCAGAGUGGUAUCUGUGCUUCGUUUGAGAAACCAACGUUUAAGGGUCCUCUGCCCAGGCAUAUGGAUACUGAGGAGACCCAGCUCCUCCGUAGAGCAGCCCCCUCAAGCUUUAAUGUGCAUACUUCUCCAGGGAUCACCCGGAGGUCUUGUUAAACACACAGGCUCUGCCUCAGCAGUCCUGGGGGUGGCCUGAAAUUCUGCAUUUCUAACAAGUGCCCAGGUGAUGCCCACGUGGAUGCCCCACAGACCGCACUGUGAGUAGUGAGUCCUCAGAGGCCCAUGUUUAUUCCAUGAUGUCCUCAGUGACCCUGCCUCUUAGGUUCCUACUGAUGGAUUGGAGAGUCUUCUCCAGCUUGUCAAAACAGGCCUGAACCUGGCACAUACCCUACAUAGACUGUCACCUGAGAUUCUAGAAGAAAAAGAAUUUUUUGAGAACAAAUGUUUCUCCAUCCUUCCCUUGCCGGAAAUUAAUAAACAGCAGGGACUACUUACCGUGAAUGCAGCAUUUUGAAAACUUAUUUUCUCCCCGUGUGUAAUUUGCCUGUCUCACUAAAUCGUAGUCCUGUAACAUGAUCUGGUAGAGGACUCAAUUAAAAGCUUCCAAAAAACCACAUUUUUGUGGCCCUAGUGGCACCGGAGUUUACCUGGCAAGCUGGUGGCAUGUGAGGACAUAAUGUCAGGAAACGUGCUCAGGGCAGAGGAAGAGAUUCGAGGUCCAGAAAUGCUGAGGAGUGAGAAGUUCUCCAUGUUGUGACUACCGUAGGGUAUGGAGAUUAUGCACCUGUUCCCAAGAGGCUGUUUGGGUUGUCCAGACGAUAAACAUUCUGAGCGCCGUUGACAUCACAAGGUCACCUGAUUCCACUCCCCAGCUAGGGUAUCCCUUUCAAACAUGGAUAGCGUCUAUUACGUUCUGUAAAGAUUUCUUUAGACUUGUCAUUCCUCGUUGGCUGGCCUGGAUUGAGGAUACCUGGGGCGGGGGGUGGGGGAGGGGAGAAGGAAGCAUAUGGCAGAAAUGUGAUGGUGAUAUAAUCUGUUGACAGCCCCCCCCCCCGACUUUGAUCUUUGGUGUCAUUUUUGUGUCAUUGCUGUCACCCCCCCAGCUCUGGGGACCUCUGUCCUCUCCAGAUAACCUUCUUGCUUUCCUUCACCUGCCUAACCUCUGCCAUCAGAUGUUUUUGUUGUUUCUGUUUUUUAGUUUGGUGUGUGACUUUUACAUUUUCCUUGGAAAUCGUUUCAAAGUUAGAAAAAACUGCAAAAAUAAAAUUAGUAUGAAGAGCACCCAUACAUUCUGUAUCCAGAUUUGCCUGUUGUUAACAGUUUACUGCAUUUGCUUUAUCAAUUCCACCCCACCCCCACCCCCCCGCCCCGGCCCCCAGCAUGCUUUGUUUUCUGAACUAUUUGAAGGUAAGUUACAAGCGUCUUGUCCCUUUGUGUCGAAAUACUUCAGUGUGUCCAUCCCAAGAACAGGGACCAGAUAAUGCUUUAAAUGGUUGGUGCUAUUUUCAGCAAAUGGGUGGCUUAACACCAUUAUAAGCCUUUUUCCUGGUGACACUGAACUCCAGAGUAACAAGGUUGCCUCUGUGUCCCUGCUACCCUCUCCCGUGACAACCUAGCACUGGAGGGAAGUGGGGGGAAGGGUGAAAGGUGAGAAUGCUCCAUGCUAAUCGUCACAACAGGUGCAGACUAGGUACAUCGGUGUAUUGGAUCUAAAUGUGUGUGCUUGUGCAGCGUGGAAAGAUCUGGUCUGGUCUGUGAGCAGCGGCAGCCUCCCCUUGCAGCGUGCGGAGCAAGCGGGCGUGUGAGUAAGCAUCUGUGUAGGAGGGCCCGGAGUUGUCGUCUUGCUGGUGUUCCUCCAGAGCACUGAAACCUUGUGGGACAGUGUGGAGAACCUGAUUUCCUUGCCCGCCCACCUCGGAGCCCGGUUGGAAAGCUUAGAAUGAAUUGGAAUGUCACUGAUGCCCUGGCCUUUGGCAGCUUUGAGGGUAUCGGCGAUUUGAUUUGGCCCUCGUGGUGCAGAGAAAAAUCACGGGGUCCUGGGAGUCGGUGUGGGUGAGUCCUCAUCCCCGCUCUGCCGUUCGCUCCCUGUGCGGUGUUAGGCACGCCUCCCGGCCACCGUGUUUUCCUGUUUUGUUAACUUAGACAGUUGGAAUGGAUGGACAUCUUCCUGGUCGAAAGCCUGGUGUUUUAUGUGCGGAGGUGGGACAGCAUAGUAAUGAGCGAUGCACGUAGGGGUCCAGAAGACUUUGAACUUCCUCCUGCCGUGGGUCAUUGAAUUCUUCCCACUGCCAGCUGGGAACUUCUGACAGACUUCCUGAAAAGGGGGCUCAAAAUAUUGGGGUGCCCAUGGGAGACUGUGUCAGUGCUUGUUUGUAGAGUUUUUAAAAACAGGACUCUUUUGGUUUGGUUAUUGAAAAGGUCAUGGGAACCUGGUCGCCCAGGGUUGGUUGUAAUCCUGACAGCAGGGCCUCUGUCUUGCACGCUACACCCUCUUGGUAUGUUGUUGCUGGUGGCCCCCAGGCAGGAGGCGACACUCCCAAAGUGGUCGGUCACUACAUAAAAUGUGUCUCUCUCUUGUUUGUUUCCCACCUGCUUUCCGAGCCCCUUUCUCGGACAGGUAAGAUACCGUCUUUCUUACAGAUGACCCACGUCACAGGUGUCUCCCUCUGCUUGGAUGUGUGCAUGUUGGGGGUGCUGUUGGGCGGGCCACCGGGUCGGGAUCCUAUCACCUUUCAACCAUCUCCAUUAGGUUCUGAACCACCAAGCCUCUGGUCCAAAGGGAGGGACAGAGCGUGGGGGUCAUCGGUGCCAUCAGCAGGAAGGGGGCUCGUUGCACGUCAUUCAGGUCUGGAAAUGCAGGAAGCCCCCAGCCAGAAUCCCACCUCAGACAGAAGGGCGGUUGCUCCCGGACUGACCUCGAGAGAGGGUCUUGAGUGGCUUUUGUAAAUGGAAAAAGGCCCAGGAGCAGUUUCUCUACAACGUCUGCCCAAAAUGUGGUCGGUUUUUUAAGUAUUCGUAUAAAAAGCCAGUUCAAUGAAACCAACUUCUUAAAUGCCGACUCAUGCCAGGUUCCAUGCUGAGCAUUGUAGAAAAUAAAAGUCAAGAUGUUCCAUCCCCUCCAAGAGCUGACCGUUUUAUCAUAGAGACAAGGUGUGUUGGCCAGAAAGACUCAGAGCAUUGUAAAGAGACCAAAUGAUGGGUUAUCUUUAAACUUCUUAAGAAUUCAGUACAUGCGUCCUAAAAGGUAGAGAGCAGGAAGUGUAGAAAAUCCACAAUGGUGCCUAAUCCAGAAGCUAUUUAUGUUUUAUUAGAAUGUGUUUUUAAAAUAAGAGGAGCUCACCGUUUACAAGUCACUUUGACAGGUGUUUUUGGUACUUACACAUUCAGAAAUGAGCAUGUCUGCACUAAAAGUUCACUUUAAACCAAGAAGGAAACCACCACGGAAACAUCUGAGCCAGGAAGUGGUGAGGGAUCAGGAUCUCCUUCCCCUGCGAACCUCUCUUGAACAUUUGCCCUGGUUUCGUGGUGGCCCAAAUACGUUCUAGUUUGGGGGAAAAGAGUCAAAUGCUUUCAUUUCCAAGGGCUACUCUGAGUUCACAGAUGUUAUGAUCAAAGAAAAAUUAGGAGGGUGCGGGAUGUGAUAGGCAAGUUAUGCGAAAGCAGGUGACAUGGCAAGAUAACGCCUUUAGGAGGAGAGUCAGGAGCUGAUAACCCCCUUGUGGGUCCGGCUGGAGCUCUUGCUAGUGUGACGUGUCUACACCUGGAGACCAGGCAGCCUGAACCUGUCAGCUCUGUGCCCCGGCCCCCAGGGUUGUCCCUACCCAGCUCUUCACGGCCCCCGAAGCGGUGCUUUCCCCGUGUGUGCGGUAGAUACGCACACUGGGGGGAUUCAUCCACCCCUCGUCCCCCACUUCCUGUGCUGCCCAAAGACCUUUACAAUAGGGCUUCCCUAGGUAGUUACAGAAGGGAUAUGGCUGCUGAAAGCACAGUAAAGAGACCUGCAUCCCCUGUCCCAGGACUCCGCAGUGCAGGGCAGAGAGAACUACUUUAUGCCGAGUUCAGCAGAAGACAAAGCAUCCCCCCAACCUCAGUUACUCUUGGGAAGGCUCCGCAUGCAUAGGCCUUUAGAGGUGUUGAUGAAGAUUGGAGUCUGCGAUCAAGUAUAACCUCUCCUUCCCCAAGAUUGACAGAAUAUACGGAGCAGUUGUGGACCACAGCAUGUUCGAGAACUUGAAUGCGGCCCUUCCUCCAAAGCUGCAGCCCGGCUGCUCCCUCUCCCACCUGUCCAGGCUGACGGCCCCUGGCUCUGCCGCCCCGGGGUCUGCGGAGCCUGGGGGGCCGGGGCUCCGGGUGGGUGGCAGCCAGCACCUCAAGAACCUGGGCAGAGCCGUGGGGGCCAAAGUUAACGACUUCCUGCGGAGAAAAGAGCCCUCGAGCCUGGACGGUGCGGGCGCCAUGGAGAUCAACAGGCCGGCGGGGGCGCGGCUGGACGGCGGGGCCGUGGAGGCUGACAGGUCAGCCCUGCAGGACGUGUUCCCUCGGCUGGACCCCCCGCCUCCCAUUACCAGGAAGCGAACCCCUCGUGCCCUGAAGACCACGCAGGACAUGCUGAUCUCGCCGCAGCCAGUCCUGAGCAGCCUGGAGUACGGGACAGAGCUGCCUCCUGGGCAGCCCCGGGAAGCCCUUCCCGCCGCCCAGCCCGACGUUCCCGCGGAAACGGCAGAGAGGGGCGAGGCUCUGCCCAACGGAGAGGUCUCCCUGUCAGUGCCCGACCUGAUCCACCAGAACAGCCAGGACGAACCCAAACCGAAGAUAACUGAGUGCAGAAGGGCCUCCUCCCCUGGCCUCCUCGAGAGGAACGGCCUCAAGCGCGGCCUGAGCCCCGUCCGCCUGGCCCAGCCGCCGGAGGACAGUGGCCCCCCGCCUCGGGCACGGACCUCCAGCCUUGACAAUGAGGGCCCGCACCCAGACCUGCUGUCCUUUGAGUAGGGCCCCUUCUCCCUGCCGGGCACCCCCUUCCCCUCUGCCGUCUCCGUCCCUGGUGCCCCUUGGCCCUUGCCCCCUCUCCGCGUGCCCUUUGCCCCCCUUGUGCAGAGAUCAGAGCGCCGAUCCGGGGCCAGGCUCCCUGAGUCACCCUAGUUAGAGCCUCUGUCUGCCGAAUGCUAAAGGGCUGGGCUGUGGCUCCCGAGCCUCAUUUUCUAGAAGCUCCCCACUCCGGGGCCGGCUGCCACACGGGGGGAUGGGAGCAUCGCUGUUCCCAGGCAGCCCGGACUUCCCACCGGCCUGCAGGGCCACCAGCCCAGGAUGAAGGGUCUUGCAGGAAUGGUCUCUGCCUGCCCCCCACAUGCCACCUGUGCCCACCCCACCCCCCCCACUCUUCUCCCUUCAGACCCUGGUUCGUUUCUUCUGCCUCUGGUUGGGGCAUCGGGCCGAAUGGAGAAUUGAUGGGUUGGGCUGACGACGGGCCCAGACCUGGAAAGCCACACACCCUGCUCCUCCUGGUCCCAAGACCGUGUGUUGUCCCCUCGCCUCUACCCUUUGGGGACCUGAGACCUGGGCGCAGCCUUGUCACCAGGGGUUCUCAGGGCAUUUUCCAUCUGCCCUGUUGGGGGACACACCAGGCCCCCCGGGGCCGACCACUGAGAAGACGCUGGGGAAAGCCAUGCGACCAGCCGCUAGCGGGCUCCGUGUGCAGAAGGAAAGGCCAGGGCCCCCCUUGCUGUGUGUGAGGACAGGGCGAGGCGGGCCCCGAGGAAGCAGAGGAAGCAGCUGAGCAGAUUAGCACCUUGCUUUGGGGGGAGGGCCCAGGAACUUGGCCUCCAGGGAGCCGGCCCCAGGAGAACCCAGAGCAGAAGUCACAGAGAAGACAGGGUGAGGACAGAGAAGGCUUUGAGGGAGCACCCACAGCCUGAAAUGAUGCGGCUCUGGGGUCUGGGUGUGGUGAGUGCGAGAACCAGAGUGACCAGAGAGACUGGGAACGAGGCACAAAGCCACCUUCCACUGGGCAGGAGGCGCUGCGUUCUGCUAAGUUGCCCGGGUCUCCCUGGAGAGGCCUCCGCCCUGCCUUUCCCUGCCCCGAUGCCGCACGGUCCUCUCGCUCCCUGCCUUUGGGAUCUAUGUCAGGGACUCACCCGGUUCAUCCUGCCCUCCUGGCUUUACCCAUUUUAUGUUCCUCUGUCCCACCAGGAGCCCCUGUCAGCAGGGCGGGGCGGGUGAUCCCAGCCCCGGGGGCCUUUGCAGCUAGAAGAUUUGUUGAACAGGGUGGCCGGCUCCCCGGGCAAAGGCAGGUGCAGCAUGGCCUGACAGACUGUCGGGCUGUCUUCCCCCUAGGGUUCCUGCUGCCUCCCCUCUUCUGUCCAUCGUUCAGCUGCCCCCUCGCCGCCCCCCACAGUGCUCACCUCCCAUCACCCAGCUCCUCCUGCCCACCCCCCCCCCCCCCAGGAGAAACAUCCAAGCUAACUCCUGUAGACUUGGAAGCCUGGGGGCGGCGGGUGGGGGGAUGCCAGGAAGCUGGUUGCCCUUCCUGCGUUCUUCUCCAGCGGCUGCGACCUUGCCACAGCUUUCCCACCCCGUCUUUCAUUGUUCUGGAAAGCAAGUCUUCGCUGCGUUUUCACACCGGAGCCUUGUGUCCCCCAUGAGGGUCUGCACAUGUCGGGCACCGUACGGGCCGUGGUGCAGUGGGCAGUGACUGGAGGUCUAGGUCCUGGCUCAACGCCAAGAACAUCACGACGAUGUGCUAACCUGACCCCGAGGCUCUAAAGUUCUCGGGACCACGUUUGGAGGCCUGUGAGUUUUCCCAGAAUGGCUUGGAGUUUUGCACGAGACACAGAGCAGGAGGGGGUGAGGGCAGAGAGCCGAAACACAUUUGCUGGGAGUUCACACAGCUCCAUGAGAGCCUCCGUACGGGAAGCUCGGUUUGCUUCUCUGGUGGGGAACUUGGCAGGCCCUUGUGCUCUGGGGCUCCUCCUCCAGAGAUCGGGGCGGCCCCGGCCAGGUGAUGGGGGCAGCCGUGUGUGCAGAGGUUGCAGGCCCGGGCUGGCUUAGGCACCUUGCUCUGCACACCACACCCGGCCACUGCUGAGGUCCUGGCCCUCAGAUUCAGGGUUAGCACGGGAACCCUACCAGCUUGUCCCAGUGCCACGGCCAGGAUGACCCCAGAGUUCUCCGGACUCGUGUCUGCUACCAAACGAGGCUACGAUCUUCGGCCUCUCUGUGAUCUCUACCCUGGCCAUUGUCCUCCAGCCGAGGCGAUGCUGCCACCUGGGGGAGGGGGGUCGAGCCUGAAAUCCCGUCCUAGGUGCUGCAGACGCUACCUGGUGCUAGGGGCUAAGUGCCACCCGGGACAGCAGCAGGGGCAACUUCCAAUCCUGCUGAGGGCCUGGGCGAAGACCAGUUCUCCAUCCAAAGCCCCAUUUGGCUUCCCAUGUCUGUCUCAACAGCCUGACCUUCCUGUGAUCACAGCAUGGCAACCGGCACCCCCCCACCCCCCCCCAACACACACACACACACACACACACACACACACAGCUUCUCUGGGAACUUCUCUGGGAGCUUGGCCCUUGGGUGGCCCAGUUAUGCAAAGGCAGGAUACCAAGAGUGAAGGACCAUCUUCUAUGUCUGCAUAAAGAAGUUGGGGGCACGGAGUCUUUUCUCUCCCCGAUACUCCCCCAACCCCACUGUACCCCCGUAGUCAACACAUAGCUUUCCCCUGAUAAAUCACAGGUGAGCUUCCAGAACCUGGCAGGUGGGUGGCACAUCCCCCCGCACAGAGAGAAACGCGUCUGUUCUGUGCGUGGAUGGUCUGAAGACAGACACGCACGGGAUCCAUCGACUUUGAAAGAGCAAAGAGGUCGGCCCCAGUCUGGGAAAGGAAGAAGAUUACAGAUCUAUUCUGAGUAUUUUCUAGAUAUUUUAUAUUUAUAUUUUUAGUAGUUUUCUGGUAGAAGGAAACUGCAGAAUAAAAUGAUCGGCUUCGGU